CCUCUUCUUUUUCUCUCUCUCAGUGCCUCUGGGGGGAGCAAAUCGAAUUGUGUCUUAGAGGUUUUGCGGGUUCCAUCGUUUUAUUUUUCAUUGCUUAAUUUUGUCUAUACAUUCUCUUGUUAUCCUCUGGGUUUCUGUUUCUCUGUUCUUUCGCUUUCAGUAUAUUGUAGUUUCAGUGACGGAAAAAGCGGCAAAAACCAUGUAGAAGUGCUAUAGGGAAAUCAUAAUUCUAGGGUUUGAACGACUAUGGUUUGUCUUCUUACUCUGUUCAGUUGCUUCGAUAAGGUUGAUUAAUUGGGUGCUAUGUGUUUGUUUCGUGGAGUCUCGUGUUUUUCGUCUGGUGAUUAUAAAUUUUAACUGUAAUGGUUAAUGUUGAAAUACCCAGUUGGCUAAAAGGGUUGCCAUUGGCACCCGAAUUUCGGCCCACUGACACCGAAUUUGCAGACCCAAUUGCGUAUAUAUCAAAAAUUGAGGAGGAGGCUAGUGCGUUUGGUAUAUGCAAGAUUAUCCCUCCAUUACCAAAGCCUUCAAAGAAAUACGUUUUCUCUAACUUGAACAAGUCACUUUUGAAGUGCCCUGAAUUGGGGUCGGAUGUAGAUUUUUCUAAUGUCGGUUCCUCCUCAAAACUGGGUGGUGGGAAUGGUGGGAAGGAUGGUGAUGUUAGGGCUGUUUUCACAACUAGGCACCAAGAGUUGGGACAGAAUGCCAAGAGAAUGAAAGGGGUGAUUGGUACUCCGCAAUUUGGCGUGCAUAAGCAGGUGUGGCAAAGUGGGGAAGUUUAUACAUUGGAACAGUUUGAGUCAAAGUCUAAGGCUUUUGUGCGGAGCCAGUUGGGAGUGAUUAAGGAGGUCACGCCUUUGGUAGUUGAGGCAUUGUUUUGGAAAGCAGAGUCAGAGAAGCCUAUAUAUAUUGAAUAUGCAAAUGAUGUGCCUGGCUCGGCUUUUGGGGAACCAGAGGACCAAUUUCGAUAUUUGAGUAAGCGGAGGAGGAAGAGGGAAUUGUUUUGUAGGAGAGAAAGCUCUGGCUUCAAGAAAAGUGAGGAGGAAAGUAAAAGGAGUAUUCAUAGUGAUCACGAGACUAGUGAUAUGCUUGGUAAGAAUGUGCUGGAUAUGUCUUUGCAGGCAUCCAAGCUAUUUACAGAAUCAGCAAAUCUUCCUUCUGAUAAACUUUUGCAGUCCUCUAGGAGAAAGAGUGUAUCCUCCCCUAGUGAUAUGGAAGGUACUGCCGGCUGGAAGCUUUCAAACAGUCCGUGGAACCUUCAAGUAAUUGCACGCUCACCUGGCUCACUUACUCGUUUCAUGCCAGAUGAUAUCCCUGGUGUUACUUCACCGAUGGUUUACAUUGGUAUGUUAUUCAGCUGGUUCGCUUGGCAUGUUGAAGACCAUGAACUUCAUAGCAUGAAUUUUCUUCACACGGGCUCGUCCAAGACUUGGUAUGCUGUCCCGGGUCAUUAUGCAUUUGCAUUUGAAGAGGUUAUUCGGUCUGAGGCUUAUGGGGGUAAUGUUGACCGGUUAGCUGCCCUUAGCCUACUAGGUGAAAAGACAACUCUGUUAUCACCAGAGAUAGUUAUUGAUUCAGGGAUUCCCUGCUGUAGGUUAGUACAAAAUCCUGGUGAAUUUGUUGUGACUUUUCCGAGGGCUUACCAUGUGGGAUUCAGCCAUGGUUUUAAUUGUGGUGAAGCUGCUAACUUUGGAACACCACAGUGGCUUAAAGUAGCUAAGGAAGCUGCUGUUCGAAGAGCUGCUAUGAAUUAUCUUCCUAUGCUUUCGCAUCAGCAGUUGCUGUAUCUCUUGACCAUGUCCUUUGUUUCCAGGACUUGGACUCGGGGAAAACGAUUGGCAAUGCCAGUAUGGAUUCGGGUCUUUAUCUACUGCAAGUUGACAACUCUUCUCUUAAUAGACAAACUCAUCAUGCAAGUGCCACGAUCAUUGCUACCAGGUGCACGGAGUUCUCGCCUGAGAGACCGCCAGAAGGAAAGAAGGGAGUUCUUAGUAAAGAAGGCUUUUAUAGAAGAUAUGUUGAAUGAAAACAAGAUGUUAACUAUUCUUCUUGGAAGAGAAGCUGCUUAUCGUACGGUAUUGUGGGACCCUGAUCUACUUCCUUGUCAAAGUAAGGAGUCUCGGAUGGCCAGUGUGACUGCUGCUGCUUCUUGUGCACUGGCAGAAAAUUUUUCCUACAUUCACUCUGAAACAAAUAGCAACACCAAACAGAAUAACCUUUUAGAGGAAAUGAACUUGUAUAUGAGAACCUUGAAUGAUUUAUAUCUUAAUGAUGAUGAUUUGUUAAGCGAUUUUCAAGUUGAUUCUGGACCGCUGGCAUGUGUGGCUUGUGGCAUUCUUGGUUUUCCAUUUAUGUCUGUGGUACAACCUUCUGAGAAAACAGUAACGCAACUUCCAGCAUAUCAUACUUUGGUUCAAGAAAAACCUGUAGCUUCAGAACAUAAUAACCCUCAUUCUCAUCCAGAUGUUGCUUCCAUCAUGAAGGAAUCUACUUCAGGAGAUAUUUUUUCUGAAAUUUCUUUGUCCAAAAAGGAAAUGUUAACACCCUCAUUUAUGGAGUUUAAAAACGGGUGGAAUAAUUCUUGUAAAUAUCUAAGGCCUCGAGUUUUUUGCCUGGAGCACGCACUUCAAAUUGAGGAGUUGUUGCAGUCAAAAGGUGGAGCUAGUGUUCUUGUAAUUUGCCAUAGAGACUAUCAGAAGAUGAAGGCUCAUGCUACAGCAGUUGCGGAGGAAAUUGGUUGUUCUUUUAAUUAUAAUGAUGUUCCAUCAGAGUCUGCAUCACAUGAAGAACUUGAUUUGAUUAAUCUUGCCAUUGAUGAUGAAGAACAUGAUGAAUGUGGAGAAGACUGGACAUCAAAACUGGACAUCAACUUACGAUGGUGUGUGAAGGCAAGGAAGAACUCCCUUUCUAAGCAAGUUCAUCACGCGCUGGCAUUAGGUGGACUAUUCUUGGAUAAAAAUCCCAAUUCAGAUUUCUCUAACAUUAAAUGGCAAUCCAGAAGAUCACGCUCAAAAGUUAGGUUGAAUCAUUCAUCCCAAUGUGAACCAUGUGAAGGCCUUGAAGUAAAAAAAGAUGAACAAUCAGGGGGAAAAUCAGAUGAUGUGAUUGUCAGAAAGAAAGAAACACUUAUUCAAUAUUCAAGGAGGAGUAAGUUUAAAUCAGGCUGUUCUAGGGAAGCAAAUAGGGUUCAGGAUUGCCCUAGAAAACAAACCGCAGAAGAAGUUUCAGAUCCUAUAUGUGGAAAUUUUGUUAAUCUUAGUAAAAAUAUCUCGGAAAGUAGCCUUUCCAAUGAUGGCCAUAGCAGAAGCAGUUCUGGAAUGGGCUUCUCUCCUAGCAAAAUGCCUUUGAUGAAACAUGAAAAAGCUCAGGUUGAACAAAACAUAGGAAUGCAGUUAAAUUCUUUUCUUUUACGAGAUGCAGAAUCACUUGCCACUACUUCAGAGUUUGUAAGUCGUGGACAGAUUGAGAGUGAACCACUGGAGGUGCUGAACAUGGAGAGACAACCUUGUAACUUAGCAAUUGGUGAUGGUUCUGGGGUGAACCAUGAGGUUAAGGUCAGUCAGGGAACCAAUGCAAAAACUGCAAACUUUUGUACUGAGGAAUGUUCUGGCGAGCAUGUCAUUCCAGGUUGUGCUAGAUUUGAAAUGAAACAUAAAGAUCACAUUGUGGUAAAUAAUGCCUGGCUGACAAUGCCCUGUCAACUUGUUUCUGUAUCAGGUGAUGGGGGAGACAUGUUGAUGGACGAGGUUUCUGACAAAGUUAAAUUAGCCGCUUUAGAGAGUGCUGUUCUGCCACCAGAAAAUUUUGAACCGGGGAUAGAGGGAAUAGUUGUUGACAUGGACAAUGAGGCUUUUAAUCAUGUGAUUUCUGUUAACGAGGUCCAGCUUGAAAUUCCAGCUGGCUACACAAGUAAAGUUGAGGAACCAAACUCAACAGAUCAUGCAUCAAUUAGUCAGACAACACCUGCCUCAAUAGGAGAGAAUUGUGAAGGUACAGGAGAGAUCUGUACUGAAGAAAACUUCUGCUGUAGUGUUUCUGUAGAAAAUAACCUGCAGCUGACUUCUGAUACAAGUAAAGAACAUUCGAUUUUUGAUGUUGAUACACUGAUAAAUGGACCUUCUACCCCACUGAAGGAGAGUUCAGAAGUUCCAAGGGAGAUUUGUGCAAAUUUGUGCAAGGAGGUGACUUUGGAGAAUAAAGUGCAUCAGUGGGGCAUUCAGAAUACACAUGAAGGUGUGGUGGAGCUUGUCUCGAGUUCUGUUACACAAAUGGAAGUAGAUCAUCCUACUCUUUUGAAAGAACAUUCUGAUGUAUCCAGAGGGACGGGUGCUAAACUGGCUUCAGAUGCUAAAUUGCAGGUAGGUACCCAGACUUCAUGUACCUCCAAUUCCAUUCUGCAAAUGGCAGAAAGUCAACAAAUUCCUGUAUCUGUGAAAACAUGUUCUAAUGUCCCAAGAGGGACACUUGUCAGCAAAGAGUUAAGCAGUGAUAUUACAAUAGAGAGUGAAAGACAAGAAAAUAACCAGAAUGUGAAAAUUAGUAAUGAGGUACACGUUUCUUGCUCCGCAACACCUAUAUAUCAGCCCAUUCUUCCCCCAGUCCAUGAAAGUUCCGAAGGUCAAAGUGGGGUCCGUAAUGUGGCAAGCUUGCACGAUGGAAAUGAAGGUUGUGAGGCGGAGAAUAUUGAAUCUUCCACGGUAGAUCCCAAUUCAAAUAGAGGAAAAGAAAGAAAACGAAAAAGAGGAGAGGAACAAAAAGCAGAAAACAAAUUAGAAAAUAACAUUUUUAUCAGGAGUCCAUGUGAAGGCCUGAGGCCAAGGAAUAGGAAAGAUGAAACAAGUGGAAGUGGGAUUGAUUCCAGCAAAAAAGUCAAGGAGAAGGUGGCAAGAAGAAAGACAGAAGAAUGUUCAAAAGUUGAAGAUCCUUGUGGAGGCAAGAAAGAAAUUUUGAAGGACCGUCAUAGGUGUGAUUUAGAAGGAUGCCGGAUGAGUUUUGAGACAAAAGAGGCGUUGAGGGUGCACAAGCGGAACUGUUGCCCAUAUGAAGGUUGUGGAAAGAAGUUCAGUUCUCACAAAUAUGCUGUUCUUCAUCAACGUGUACAUGAUGAUGAAAGACCACUAAAGUGUACGUGGAAGGGUUGUUUGAUGACAUUUAAAUGGGCUUGGGCUAGGACUGAGCAUAUGCGUUUGCACACUGGGGAGCGGCCAUACAAGUGCCCAGUUGAGGGCUGUGGUCUUUCAUUUAGGUUUGUGUCAGAUUUUAGCCGCCAUAGACGAAAAACGGGUCACCGGGUGAACUCACCUGCCUGAAGAUUUGUUCUAGUUGGCAGAUUGCUUGUGCAAUAUAUAAAUGCAGGGGGGGAAUGGAGAUCUAGGGGGCCAAAAGGAGGCCUGUAGGAUUUACAGAUACCCUAUCACUGUUUAUGAGUAGUAGGUGGAGGUUAGGGUUAAAACUUAUCCUUUUCUGUAGGUGUAUUAUCCAAUUAAUAGAAUUCAAUGAUAGUUGGAAAUACCCAUUUUGAGGGUUUUGUUCUUCAAUCUGGAUUCUUGUGUAGUCAAUGGGACCUAGCAACAGUGGCAGUCAUGGUGCGGGAAAGAAGCUCACCAUUGUCACCUUGUUUGUUGGUGGGUCUGAUUUUUGUGCUGCUGCUGCUGUUGAUGAUGAUGAGGAUGAUGAUCUCUUGGUUUUUUUCAAAUGUUCUGGUUAGUUUGAUGUAGAAGAGGCGUCUGGUAGAGAUGUAAAUUGUGGUAGAGAGACAUUGAGUUCUAAAAUCUGGUCAUGGUGUUCUUUUUUUCUCUUUAUGGUUUGACAUUUCUUGUCAACUUACACAGCAAUAAUAAUAGUGAAAAGUGAAAACAUUUAUUAUGAG